UUAAGAGAAAGCAAAAUAAAUAUGUUUCUUAGCUUGAAUCAUGCAUUGAGAACUUCGAGUCUAACAAGACAAGCACUUGUAGUGGUUUCCAGACAGUAUCAUAAAAAUGUGAUUGACCACUACGAAAAUCCACGUAAUGUUGGAUCAAUGGAUAAGAAUGAUAAAAACGUAGGAACUGGUUUAGUUGGUGCACCUGCUUGUGGAGAUGUAAUGAAAUUACAGAUUAAAGUUGACGACGAUGGUAAUAUUGUUGAUGCAAAAUUCAAAACAUUUGGUUGUGGGUCAGCCAUUGCUUCGAGUUCAUUGGCAACAGAAUGGAUAAAAGGAAAACAGAUCAAUGAUGCGUCCAACAUUAAGAAUACGGAUAUUGCAAAAGAGCUAUGUCUUCCUCCAGUUAAACUUCACUGUUCAAUGCUCGCCGAAGAUGCAAUAAAAGCUGCAUUAAAUGAUUACAAAACGAAGCAGGCAAAAGUGGCUGUGUAGUCCUGAAUUGGCUAUUUUUAUUUAUUUCCGUCUGUGAUAUUGUUUAUGUCAUAUUUUGUAAAUACAUUGAUCUUUAUUUUGUCUGCAUGA